AUGGACUUCGGGCGGAAGAGGGGUAGACUAGACACCGCCUUCGCGGGUUACGGUGGUUUCAAAAAAUCAAAGGAUGAAAUGGACUCUUUUACAACUGGUGUAGGAAGGAAAACAAUGCCAUGCACGAAGUUUUUCAGCACUUCUGGGUGCUCAUUUGGGGAGACAUGUCACUUCCAGCAUUAUUUUCCUGGUUACAGUGCACAAGUCCAGAUGGCAAAAUUGGGCACCAAUGCUGCUGUUCCUUUUACUGACGGUCCUCCUCGAAUUGUGAAAACCAAGCUUUGCAGCAACAUUAAUACUCCCGAAGGAUGUAGAUUCGGUGAUAAGUGCCGCUUUGCCCACAGUGAGAUGGAGCUUGGCAAGCCCAUAGGGCCAGGUCAUGAAGAUUCUCGAGCAAUGGGUUCAACACAUGUGGGAAAUUUUGGUUCAUCAGCAACGGCAAAAAUUAGCAUAGAUGCCUCUUUUGCUGGAACCAUUAUUGGUAAAAAUGGUGUAAACUCUAGGCAGAUUUGUCGACAAACGGGGGUUAAACUUUCUAUAAAAGAUCACGAAGCAGAUCCAAAUCAAAGAAAUAUUGAGCUUGAAGGAUCGUUUGAUCAGAUCAAAGAAGCUAGCGCUAUGGUACGGGAGCUCAUUACGAACAUUAGUUCUUUUGCAGGACGUGCAGAGAAGCCUGUGGGUCGUUUUGGUCAGGGUACUGCACCAAACAAUUUCAAGAAAAAGAUGUGUGAAAAUUUCGCCAAGGGGAUGUGUACCUUUGGCGAGAGGUGUCAUUUUGCUCAUUCUGCUAGUGAAUUGCAGAAGCCAUUUUUUUGA